AUGAACCUCCAGCGGUCAUAUCAGCUUGGUCUUCGUCGGGCUACGGCGCCUGGCUUAAGUGUGCAGCCUAUGGGCCACGUUGUCCAGCAGAGGCUCACAUCGCAUGGACAAGCUGCAAAACUAAUCGCUGAACAACGUUUACGACGCCCCGUUUCACCCCACUUAUCUAUCUACAAGCCACAGAUCAAUUCGGUUACCUCGACCCUACAACGUAUCACAGGCCUUACUCUAGCUGGUUCUUUUUAUCUCUUCGGCAUCGCUUACCUUGUCGCACCUUACACCGGAUGGCACAUGGAUACUACAUCCAUGGUUGCAGCAGUCGCUGCGUGGCCCACUGCUAUCAAGAUGGGCGUGAAGGCUUUCUUUGCAUUUCCAUUCUUCUUCCACGGGUUUAAUGGAGUAAGAUUUUUGACAUGGGAUACUGGUAUUGGGUUCAAGAACCAGUAUGUUAUUAGAACAGGCUGGACAGUCAUUGGGAUGACUGUUGUCGUGUCGCUUUACUACACUUUCAUGACAUAG